AUGGCUAUCAACAAGAAUGAGGCAGUCGCCAUCCUUGGAGCAGGGGCCUGGGGCCUGUCGACAGCCUUGCAUCUCUCAAAUGCGGGAUACACCGACAUAACAGUCUUCGAUCAAGCCUCAGAGAUACCUUCGCCAUUUUCUAGUGCUUACGAUUUGAACAAGAUCGUCCGAGCCGAGUAUGAAGACAACUUCUACACCAAACUGGCACUUGAGGCCAUACGACAAUGGAAAACCCCCUUCUGGGGAUCGAAUUUCCACCAAGUUGGCUAUGUUCUCGCAACUUCAGGCGCAGCGCCCAAGAAGGCGGUCAAACAUCUGCAGGAUGCCCUUCUGUCGGUGAAGGACCACCCUGUUUUUGCUCCCGGUAUUACCAUGCUUAAUGAGCCCGAAGAUUUCAAGAAGGUGUACUGGCAAUUCUCCGGGCCUAUGUGCGGCUUUCAGGGAUACUUCAAUCGUCUUGCAGGGUAUGCGCAUUCAUCCAACGCCAUGACAGAUGUCCACCGGCAUCUCGUCGGCAAAGGAGUCAAAUUCGUACUAGGAUCCGAAAAAGGGAGGGCCGUGAGACUUCUAUACGACGACAACGAAAGUUCAGGUGAGAGGCGUUGCACAGGAUUCCAGGUGGCGACCGGACAGAUCCAUCAUGUCCGGCGCACCAUCGUUUGCCUAGGAGCCUGGGCGGCCACCCUUCUCCCAAGCCUGGGCUCUUUUGUCGUCGCCAAAUGCUGGUCGGUGGCCCACGUCCAACUCUCAGAACGAGAGUGCGACUUCCUCCGGGGAAUCCCCGUCCUCAACGUUCGAGACCUAGGAUUCUUUUUCGAGCCCGACCCGACCACCAAGCUCCUCAAGCUGUGUCCCCUUGGCGCUGGAUAUAUCAAUUCGGACAAGGGCACUGGGGUAUCACUACCACCCACAGACUUGCUGCAGUCGCCGAAGGACUACAUCCCGUUGUCGGAUGAACAGAAGCUGAGGAGACUAUUAACAGAGACGUUGCCCUGGCUUGCAGACCGCCCUUUUGUGGACAAAAAGAUGUGCUGGUUUGCGGACACGUCAGACUCGGAGUACUGCAUUGAUUAUGUGCCAGGCGCUGGAGAUUCUCUGGUCGUGAUGUCUGGGGACUCGGGCCACGGAUUCAAGAUGAUGCCGAUCGUCGGCCAAUGGGCCGUGAAGCUCUUGGAGGAUGGAAGGCAGGUCUUGUCGAGGUGGCAAUGGAAAGAAAGUCAAGGGAAAGGGGGGAAACAGUGGGGAGACGAGAGAAUUGCUCAUUCGCAAUCGGCAUGGCUGAAUCCGGACCGGAACCCAUUUCUCCGCGCGGUUGUCCAUCCUCUGGUUUACAAGCAGUUCUGCGCCGGUCGGAAUCGGGCAGAAAUUGGAAAAACGUCCUCCGAGAUCAGACGGCUGGGAUUCUCUGGCGUUGUGUUGUGCUACGGUCGAGAAGUCCAAGUGGAGGGCGACAGAUUCGUCGGCCACGAUGACAAACAAGUGGUGGCAAUGGACCAGGAAAUCGACCAGUGGACGGAGGGCAACCUUGCGACUCUGGAUAUGAUUGGAGAGGGGGACUGGCUGGGCAUCAAGUACACCGGCGCAGGGACACAAAUCACGAAAGCUCUGAUGAAUGGUGAAAAGGCUCCAGUCAAGUUUGUCGAAGCCAUGGAGAAGAUCUGCCACCGUGCUGCUGCCAAGGGAUGCCGUAUAUGGAUCGACGCGGAGCAGCAAGCCUUGCAGACUGCUAUCGAUCAAUGGACCUUCGAACUCAUGCGACGGCAUAAUCGGCCCGGCAGCCAAGCCUUGAUAUACAACACUAUCCAAGCCUACCUCAAGGCCUCUCGUGACAAAGUACAAGCCCAGCUCCAACUUGCCCAGCAGCAAGGCUGGCGAUUGGGCAUCAAGCUCGUCCGCGGCGCUUACAUCAACAAUGAUAACAGAGAGGCGAUCCACGAUACCAAGGCCGACACGGACGCAUCGUACAAUGGGAUCGUCGAGGACCUCCUCUGCGGGAAGUUUCCCGCCAUGGCCAACCAAGAGUCGGUCGAACUCGACCUGUUGCUGGCAGGUCACAAUGCCAACACCAUCCGGGGGGCAGCUCGUCUCGCUUCCGACUUGGCGGCUGAAUCGAAGUUGAAGGUCAUCCCGGAGUUCGGGCAGUUGCAGGGGAUGGCCGACGAUAUCGGAUGCGAGCUCCUCCAGAUGGCAGACAACAUCAAAAGGGGUAGUAGUCUACCUCUGGGCAACGCUUAUGUUCCCAAAGUAUACAAGUGUCUGACCUGGGGCAGCAUUCAGGAAUGCAUGCAGUACUUGACACGCAGGCUCGUUGAGAACCGAGGCGCGGCCGACCGAAUGAAAGUGGGCGCCGCGGAGUUUCGCAAAGAACUCCUGCGCAGAAUCGGCAUGAGGCAUUAG